UUAAAAAAAUUAAAACUUUGCUUCAACGACAAAGAGAAAAAAUCUCUCUCAAAUUUUCAUUUUUUUUUUUUCUAUCAUUCCUUUCUUCUCCAUCGUCAGAUCUCUCUUUCAUUCCUUGCACCAAAUAAAACAAAUAAUUUAACCAAUCAAAUCCUCUCGCGCCAAAUAAGAGGGAAAUCCCUUCUUUUUUUUCUUCUCUAUUUCCUUUCCCUUCAGUUGUGAUUUAGGUUUUCUGGGGACAUGGCGGAUGGUAUGGGAGGAGGGCCAACUAGUCCGGCAGGAGGGAGCCAUGAGAGCGGAGGAGAGCACAGCAGUCCUCAGUCAACUGUGAGGGAACAAGAUCGUUACCUCCCAAUUGCUAAUAUAAGUAGAAUCAUGAAGAAAGCAUUGCCUUCUAAUGGGAAAAUUGCUAAGGAUGCUAAAGAUACUGUUCAAGAAUGUGUUUCCGAGUUCAUCAGCUUCAUCACUAGCGAGGCAAGUGAUAAAUGUCAAAAAGAGAAAAGGAAGACAAUUAAUGGAGAUGACUUGUUGUGGGCAAUGGCAACAUUAGGAUUCGAAGACUAUAUCGAGCCACUUAAAAUAUAUCUUGCCAGAUACAGGGAGGUAAGCGGGCCUUGACUUUUGACCUAUUUGUUUAUUUACUUCACUUUCUGCUUGAUUUUCUUAGCUUGUAGCUCUAACUUUUGACGUACUUUUCAAUUGAUCCAAUUUGUCAAUUUAUCAUAAUUAGGAGUUAAAAUUUUAUGUUUAUCAUCAUUGUCUUGCGAAUCAUUAGGCCCAGUUUACCUUAAAUACUGCAUUUCACCGCAAACACAAUGCUAAAUGAGUAAAAGUAUUUGGCUUCUGUGGUUCAAAUCAUAAUUUGAUAACCCAAAUAAAAAAGCCAAGAAAAUGGAGUUUUUGUGGUCUGGAAGCUGACUUUUGGACAAAAUAAGUUUAUUAUCCUCACAUUUUCAACUUUUGAUUAUUUUAAACAUUUUUUCUACUCUUAGAUUUUUCACUGCACUUUUUCAAUACAAUGUCAAACCCUUUAAAAUUUCUAAACCACAUUUGUAAGCCCAAACUUUCUUAAAACAAGUAUUUUUAACAACAAUAUUAAACUAGGCUUAAGUCUCAAUUGACAUGAUUUAGAACUCCAAAACUUGAUGUUCGAUUCCUGACAUUUUCAUAGUCUUUAUUAAUUUGAUCUGACUAUUUCUUUCGUUUUUGCCUUUAUCCCGGGACUGCUAUAUUCGGAAUGAACAUGAUGCACAGUUGGAGGGGGACACCAAGGGAUCAGCCCGUGGUGGUGAUGGAUCUUUUAAAAGAGACGCAGCUGGAGCUCUUCCUGCCCAAAAUCCACAGUUUUCAAUCCAGGGGUCAUUGAACUACAUUAAUUCCCAAGCACAAGGACAGCAUAUGAUCAUUCCCUCCAUGCAAGGCAAUGAAUAAGUAGCUGUUGCCCGAUCCUAGCAUUCGCUACCAAGUUUACAAGGGCUGGUUAAAUUGUGGGAUUCAUCUUAUUUAUGAAAAGCUAUAGUUCUAAGGUGAUUUGGGAGUUGUAAAAAGGUCUUUUUUAAGUGCUGUCCAUUGGGCACCUCUGCGCCAUGGUCUCCGAGCAGCAUCGGCAUCUGCCGGUCUUAAUGCUCGAACACCACCAGAGACCACAUGCCUUGGUGUGGUAGCAUUAUAUGACGGAUAACUAGUUGCAUUGUGCAUUUGAGAAAAAUAUUGGUUUUAGAUAUUUGAAUGCUUUAUGCUUCAUUUCUGCAUAUUUCACCAUGAAUGAAUCAUUUUAAGCUCUUACAA